UGGCUGCAGAGGAGCCUCCCUAAUACAUAGCCUAGUCAAGACCUGCUACUUUCCCUAAUGGUGUGGUGGAAACAGUGUGGACUUCAGAAUCUGAAUGGCUUAUUCAGAAGAGCAUAGAGGUGAGCCCUGUGGUUUCAUCCGCCAGAAUUCCGGCAACUCCAUUUCCUUGGACUUUGAGCCCCAUAUAGAGUACCGGUUUGUGGAGCAGUUGGAAGAGCGCUACAAAUGUGCCUUCUGCCACUCGGUGCUUCACAACCCCCACCAGACGGGAUGUGGGCACCGCUUCUGCCAGCACUGCAUCCUCUCGCUGAGAGAAUUAAACACAGUGCCAAUUUGCCCUGUAGAUAAGGAGGUCAUCAAAUCUCAGGAGGUUUUUAAAGACAAUUGCUGCAAAAGAGAAGUCCUCAACUUAUAUGUAUAUUGCAGCAAUGCUCCUGGAUGUAAUGCCAAGGUUAUUCUGGGCCGGUACCAGGAUCACCUUCAGCAGUGCUUAUUUCAAGCUGUGCAGUGUUCUAAUGAGAACUGCCGGGAACCAGUCCUACGAAAAGACCUGAAAGAGCAUUUGAGUGCAUACUGUCAGUUUCGAGAGGAAAAAUGCGUUUAUUGCAAAAAGGAUGUAGUAGUCAUCCAUCUACAGAAUCACGAGGAAAACUUGUGUCCUGAAUACCCGGUAUUUUGUCCCAACAAUUGUUCGAAGAUUAUUCUAAAAACUGAGGUGGAUGAACACCUGGCUGUAUGUCCUGAAGCUGAGCAAGACUGUCCUUUUAAGCACUAUGGCUGUGCUGUAACGGAUAAACAGAGGAACCUGCAGGAACAUGAGCAGUCAGCCUUACGGGAGCACAUGCGUUUGGUUUUAGAAAAGAACGUCCAAUUAGAAGAACAGAUUUCUGACCUACACAAGAGCCUAGGACAGAAAGAAAGUAAAAUCCAGCAGCUAGAAGAAACUAUAAGUAAAAUUGAAAAGGAGUUCAAGCAGUAUACACAGUUUUUUGGCAGAAAUGGAAGCUUCCUCUCAAACAUCCAGGUUUUUGCCAGUCACAUUGACAAGUCAGCUUUGCUAGAAGCUCAAAUGCAUCAAUUAUCACAAACUGUUAAACAGCAACAAAAUGAAUUUGACCUGAGGCCUUUGAUGGAAGCAGUUGAUACAGUGAAACAGAAAAUUACCCUGCUAGAAUACAAUGAUCAAAGAUUAGCUGUUUUAGAAGAGGAAACUAACAAACAUGAUACCCACAUUAAUAUUCAUAAAGCACAGCUGAAUAAAAAUGAAGAGCGAUUUAAAUUGCUGGAGGGUACUUGCUAUAAUGGAAAGCUCAUUUGGAAGGUGACAGAUUACAAGAUGAAGAAGAGGGAGGCGGUGGAUGGGCACACAGUGUCCAUCUUCAGCCAGUCUUUCUACACCAGCCACUGUGGCUACCGGCUCUGUGCUAGAGCAUACCUGAAUGGGGAUGGGUCUGGGAAGGGGACACACCUGUCCCUGUACUUUGUGGUCAUGCGAGGAGAGUUUGACUCAUUGUUGCAGUGGCCAUUCAGGCAGAGGGUAACCCUGAUGCUUCUGGACCAGAGUGGCAAAAAGAACCACAUUAUGGAGACCUUCAAGGCUGACCCCAAUAGCAGCAGCUUUAAAAGACCUGAUGGGGAGAUGAACAUUGCGUCUGGCUGUCCCCGCUUUGUGGCUCAUUCUGUUUUGGAGAAUGCCAGGAACACCUACAUUAAAGAUGACACUCUGUUCUUCAAAGUGGCCGUGGACUUAACUGACCUGGAGGAUCUCUAGUCACUGUUUAUGGGGUGAUAAGAGGAUUUCUUGGGGCCAGAACCAUGGAGGAGAGCACAUUUGAUUAUCAUAUUGACCUGGAUUUAGACUCAAAGCACAUUUGUAUUUGCCUUUUUCCUUUGAAGUCAGUUUAAAACUUCUGAAGUGCUGUCUUUUUACAUUUUACUCUGUCCCAGUUUGAAAGUUAAAACACCUAGAAUACCCUAUUAUUUAUAUUUUUAUAUUUCUUGAAAGAUGGUAAGUUUCUUGAAGUUUUCGGGGCGUUUCUCUUUUACUGGUGUUUAGCGCAGUGUCUCAGGCACUCUAAAUAUUGAAUGUUAUGGAGGACAUAGAGGCAGCAGAAUUCCCAGUUGAAAUGCUUUGAUAUUUUAUUGUUUGGCCUGUUGAUUCUAGACCUGGCCUAAGCCUGCAAAAGCCGUCUUUAUAAAGAUAAGGUAGGCUGUUCCAGGUAAGUAGUGGGUGAUGUAGUUACAAAGAUAACAUGCUCAGUUUCGACCUUUUUUUUUUUCCAGUUAAAUGCUAAAUACGUGGAAAUUACUAUACCUCUAAGUAUUUUUAUGAAAUUCAUUAGCAGUUUGCAAGCACAAUUUUGCAAGGCCACACGAGAACUGGUGAAUGGGGUAAGGAUUUUCAUUCUCCCUGAAGUAAAGCAGAAAGUACUGCUUAGUAAUAUAUAAGAUAUAGCCAGCCAGCUACGGUUCAGAUUUCAUUAGGUUCAACCCUAUGAAAAAAACUAAUUUCAUAGGUCAAAUGUGGUCAAAAAUUAGCAGUUUCAUAAGAUUCAACCAAAUAAAUAUAUAUGUACAUAUAUAUACACAUAUAUAUAUAUAUAUACACAUAUCCACCUAUAUGUGUAUGUAUAUAAACAGUUUGAAUGUAUUUUGAUAACAAUAAUAAAUCAAUGUGAAGAUGGAUAGAAUUUAGUA